UGGGCGGCGGGCUCCCACCACCUAUUUUGUCUUGUUAAUCUCAUCCUCGCAUUGACCCAUCCGCAGCAAUAUGCGGCCGCGCGGGAGGUCCUCGGCCUUUGCAAGAAUUUCCACACAACUCCCUGUGCUCGGCUUUGGGAUUCUGUUUUCACUGGCGUUGGCGUCAUUGCAAAUCGGGUCACCGAACCGCAUAAAGACACGGGCGGCUACCUCCCUUGGUAUGACAUCUUAUUUACGGCGGGUGACUAUGAUGGCGGAGUGUUCAACCUUUCCGCCCUGGGACUUCAAUUUGCAUAUCCCCCCGGCUGUGUGAUUGCUGUCUGCGGGAAGCUGCUCAGGCAUUCUGUUCCAAUUGUCGAUGGCAAUAGAGUAUGCUCUGCUUUCUAUAUGAAGCAAGGAGUGCAAGUAUGGGCGGGGACAUGCCAACCAGAGUGGUCAAGGGGCCCAAAGACUGCUUAA